UACAUUUUGCAUUCUCCUACUUUCCAAUUUACAACUCUGCUACUGUCACUGCCACUCUGCAUAUCAUUCUUCUUCCCCAAAACAUUUCAUCCUCUCCUAAACCCUAACAUUUCACCAUCUCGAUUGCACGUUUUCCGGUCAAAUCACAGGUGAUUUGUAUCCGGAAUCCAUGGAUGGUAUAUGGGGCCCACCUUAUUCUCAAGCAAAUGAAGAUACAAUUUCAUUCUGUCAUCCUUAUGAUGUGAUAGAACAGACGAAUAUAAAUACGGAAUGCUGCAUACACGUGCUUGAGAUUUUGUUAAGCAAAGCAGAUACUGAAAUUGUUGAACAUGAAGCAGAGUUAAUGGACUUACUGAGUCAACUCGCCUGCACAGAUGAAGUAUUUUCAAAUAUGUUCUCAACGUCCUUGAGAGCAAAGAUUGAUUUCCUUGACUCUUCGAUAAGGAAACUAAAGGAUGAUGCUGAAGGCUUUUUGUCAACAUGCAGGGAGCCGGCUGAAAGCAUAGAUGACAUUCUCAAGUCUCUUUUCUGUCAUUAUUUACAAAAGAAAGAUUUACAGUUUGCAGAUAAUACCGGCACUGCUUCGAGCUCCUACUCUCAGGUGCCUGCAGACACUCAGAAGAAACAAUUUGGCAGUUCUUCAAAUGCUAACCAAUUAGAGAAAUUCAAAACAGUCAAUGUAACCCCUGUGGAGAAACAGAAAAUUUUAUCGGCCAUAGUGAAGGUUGAAGAGGGAAGUAUAGAUGAUCCUCACACGAGCUCUAUGGCUAAAUAUUCUGUUCAAAGUCUUUGCUGGGGCUCCAGAAAGAAGACAGGCAUAGAAGUGAGCAAAUUUCAGAUAAAGGGCCCUAUAAUAAUGAAAAAGGAUAUUUUACAUGAUAUGACUCCCAGAUGCAACUCUAUCUGCCCGAAACCAUCUUUGGAAACUAAAGGGAAGCGGAAACAUCAGCUAAGCAUAAUCAAGUCCCAGACAUCUGAUGAAGGCAUGCGUUUGGCAACCGUUCUUUAUGAUGAGAGCAUGAGUUUGGCAACGGUUCCUUAUGUACAAUCAUCUGAAGAAACUAAUGCAAUGAGUUUGGCAGCCAUUCCUUACGUAGAAUCAAAUGAAGAAGCAAAUGCAAAUCUUAAAGAACUGGAGUUUCCUCCUGGGUACCCUAAACCACAACACCACCAGAAACAAAGUAUCUCCCAUUCUCAGAGCCGAUAUUCUAGCAGUACGUACUCAAGGCGGAAGAAAUCCAAUUCACCAUUGCUGACAGGUUCAAAGUCACACCUUGCACUCAUUGUGUCUAGCCCUCUUGAUAGAGCUGAAAGAUAUAGUAAAGUGUAUAAGGAGGAUUAUUACACUGUAAGUGAUUUACGGGCCAUUGCCAAACAACGGGAGAUCAAAGGUUAUUAUAAGCUUCGCAAAGCUGAGCUGGCACAGAUGCUAGGAAUCAAGCUUAUUAACGGAAGAAAGAAGCAGCCGAAUAAAAGUGAGACACAGCUGGUUCGGAUGAUAAAGUGUGAGCCAUAGUGAUUGCAGCUACAGGGUUCUAACACCAUUUAUGGAAAGGUUUAUACAUACUGCUAAACAAAUGAAAAAAAUCAGUAUUAGAUUUGACUUGUUAAACACAAUCUAAACAACUAGUUUUUUGUAACUAAACUAUAUAUUACAAACUCGAUGCUAUUGGCUGAAUAGAGACAGGGCGUACAAGUCUAGGAAUUUGAAUA